AUGAACAAAGUCGUGAUUUACGUACUAGCUUUGAGUUUUCUCUUGUUCUCUGAAUUACCAAACACAGCAUUGGCCCGAGUACAAUAUGGAUCUCCAAGUUCAAGGAAGGAAAUAGGAAAAGGGGUUUGGGAUCAAAAGGUCUUCAACGAGAUCAAGAUAAAGGUAGGAGGUAGUAAUUCAGAGCAUGCUCUUGGAUGUGCACGUAGUUGUGUACCUAGACCAAAAAAAUGAUCAUGACUAACGAAACCCUUGUCCUCAUGCCGCACA